GCCGCACCAAACCGCUUCGCUUCGCUCGCUCGUCAGCUCCCUGUCGCGCACACAACGGACGCAGAGGCCAGAGCCAGAGCAGCUGCCCCCCUCGGAUCGGAGCGAGCAGCGGCACCACCAUCUGUCCGUCUCCAAUGGCGCGGCCACAGCAACGGUACCGCGGCGUGCGGCAACGCCACUGGGGCUCCUGGGUCUCGGAGAUCCGCCACCCCCUCCUGAAGACGAGGAUCUGGCUGGGCACCUUCGAGACGGCCGAGGACGCGGCGCGCGCCUACGACGAGGCGGCGCGCAUCAUGUGCGGCUCCCGCGUGCGCACCAACUUCCCCGAGGACGCAGGCGGCGACGGGCAGCAGCAGCAGGCCGCGCCGUCGCUCCUCUCCCCCGCGCUCGUCGCCAAGCUUCACCGCUCCAACCUCGCGUCCGCUCAGGCGGCGCAGGGCAAGGCCGACGCCUCGGCAGCAGCCGCCGCCGCGCUCCCGCGCGUCGCGGCGGCAGUGCCUGCCGGCAUGGGGAUCUCCGCCUCGCCGUCGCCGUCGGCGUCGGCGGCGGGGGACUGGAGCGGCGGGCUGCUUGAGGAGCAGUACGUGGACCAGAUGAUCGAGGAGCUUCUGGACUCCAACUUCUCCAUGGAGAUCUCCUACUAGCUGCGCGCCUGCGCGCGCACGCGCACGAGCACGACGCGUCAUCCCGCGGCCCCCGCCUCCUCUGCUCCGUCUCAUCCCAUCUCAAUUCUCAUCUCAUUUCUCUGUUUGGUUUCGUCGGUCAGGUAGGGAACGAAGUGCAGUGCAGUGAGUUACUUAGUAUUAGUAGUAUCAUUAGCCAUGCCAGGAGUGACUCGAGGUUACCUUGGCCUGUUGGCCAGACGAGUUGGUUCUUGAGCAACCUGAUGUGUAGUAUACGGUAGCAUCGCCAGAGCAUAAAAGAGUUGGAUUGGACUCCAUUUUUUUCCUACCGCCAUUGUUGGAAACUUGGAAGUGGUACUGGGCUGAGCGCA